AUGUUGCCGCUUGCUACAAUGUCGCGACCAAUACCUGUUGAACAAAUGUUGAAAGAGUUCAAAUCAGUUCACAAAACAUCUCACUUGUUGAAGAUAGAUAACUUCUCUUUACUCAAAAAGUAUAACCUCAAAAUGGUUGAAUCUUCUGUUUUCGAUCUCGGUAGUCACAAAUGGAAACUUAUUUUGUACCCAAAUGAAAAUGGUUAUGUCUCAAUCUUCUUAGUGAAUCAAGUUCCAAUAAAUGUGAAGCUCCAAUUUCAGCUCUUUCUCAUCAAGCAGAUACAGAAAAUAUGGCACUCUACUGGAAAAGAAGACUUUGGUAUAUAUUCAAUAUCGCAAAAGAGAGGAGCUUCAUAUUUCAUAUCACUUGCUGAUCUUGAGAAAAAAGGGUAUCUUAUUGAAGAUUGUUGUAUAUUUGGUGUCAAGCUUUUUGGGACUGAAAAUGCUAAAUCAGGAACGGCGGAAUGUUUUAGCUUAAUUGAGAAGCCUCUAGUUGUUCCAAAAAACAAAACUGAGAAGCCUCCUAAUAACAAAGUCACUUUUGAGAUGGCCUCGUACUCGAUUUUAACGUUUGGUGUAAAGGUUCAUCAUUCCAUUGAAUUUUUCGUUGGAAAUCGGAAAUGGAGAAUUGAGGUUCAUCCAAAAGGGUUUGAUUGGGAAGAAGACAAAUCACUUUCUGUGUAUCUAUUGGGACAAGGGUUUAUCGACAAUGCCCUAAAGACAAAUACUUUCGCCAAAUUUAAGCUGAGGGUAUUGGAUCAAGUUAAUAAAGAUCAUCUUGAGAAAACAUAUUCGGACUGGAUUGGUGCAGAAUAUGUUGACCACUAUGGUUUUGCGGAUUUCAUGCCUCUGAAGAAACUUAAUCUACCUUAUUUGAUGAACGAUGUGUUAUAUGUGGGAAUUGCUUUUGAAGUCAUUUCUACGUCUAGUUAUUGUUAG